AUGGAUAUCGAGUUUGACCUGCCAGACCAACACCCUGACCGGCCCAAGUUCAGAAGAGAUCGUCCUUUCGUGGACAGUCGAUACGAUCUGAUAUUCUGCGGAGGUGCUGUUGUGAAGGGCCACAAAAGGGAGGAGUAUCGCAGCAAUUGUGAAAGACAACGAUUGAUAUUGGCUCAGCUGGUUUUUGCGUUGAAUCGACUCAAGACCGGAGGAUCCUUCGUGCUACUCCUCCAUCGGAUUGAGUCAUGGGAAACAGCGUCUAUGCUUUAUAUGAUCAGUAUGUUCGCCGAUAUUAGGGUGAUGAAGCACCCGAAACACCAUGGUGACACAUCCUCAUUUUAUUUGGUCGCCCAAAAUGUCGAUGUUGAGGGGCGUUCUGCAAUCGAGGCGCUAUCUUACUGGAAAAGCCUUUGGAAAUAUUUCAGUUUCCGAGAUUUCAGGGAGAUGAACCCGCCCUCUACAGCUUUGCUAGACCAAGAUAUUGAUGCGGCGUCGUCGAAGCUGAUCGACGAAUUCGGCGAUCAUUUCCUAAAGAUGGCGCUACCUGUAUGGCAAACUCAAGCGAAGAACCUUUGUGAUGCUCCAGAUGCCAUCUACGACGCCGUGCCUAAGGAUGACCAGAUAUUCAAGAUCGAGCUCCUAGAGAUUGCUCCGACGCCUAUUCUCGCGUAA